GCCGGCCGGGGCAAGGGGCAGGAGGGCCUGCCGAGGACUGGGGGGGAGAAAAGGAAGUAUCAAGGUUUGGGAUGUGAGAGGUGAGGAAGGGCGGAAUUCUCCACAAUUAGGGGACAAGCAGGGGCGGAGUUCGGAAAGCGAGGAGGGAGGAGGGAGAAGAGGCGGGACCUCCGGAGAAGAGUUGGGGGGAUGAAAAGGGGCGGAAUUCUCGGGGUUACAACGCCGGAGAAGGGGGUGCUGCCACAGUGGGCGCCGAACCCCAGGGGAACCCCCGCGGGGCAGCUUUCGGGGCUACGGGCUUUCCCGGGGCGGGGCGGAGCUCCGGGGACUGGAGGAGGAGCAGGAGCGGGAUGGGGGCGGGUCUCCCCAGUGACUCUGGGUAGGGCUUCCCCCCGGGCUGGAGGAGUCCCUGGGACCCUCUGUGCGCCGGGAGGCCGCCCGUGGGCUGCGAGGCGCCGUAAACAAGCUCGGAGCCGAAGCGCUGACCGCGGCCCGCCGCUGCCUGGGGGGCCCACUCCGCCCGCCCCCGCGCCCCUGGCCGGGGUCCCAGAGCCGUCCGGCGGGGAGAAGUGCACGCUGGUUCUUCAGGCCUCAGUGGAUCUGGUUAUAUAAUCCUAUGGGGAAAGUAGUAGCCUUCCCCUUCCUUUCCCAGCCUGAGGGGUUAUGACCCAGGAUCCCCAAAAAGGGAGACAUCGAAGGGGGAAGAAAAUUGAGCAGGAUUCUCAGGCUGCUGCCAGAGCUGCCACAACCAUGUAUACCUUUCUCCCUGACAACUUUUCCCCGACCAAGGUCAAGCCAUCCAAGGAACUAAAACCCAUGUUGGGAUCUAUAGUGCUGGGGCUCCUGCUGGUCUUAGCGGCUGUGGUUGCUUGGUGCUACUACAGCACAUCUCUCCGGAAGGCCGAGCGCCUUGGGGCUGAGCUAUUGGAGCUCCGGACCAGUGGUUUCUCCAUCCGGAACCAGCAGGGAGAGCAAGUGUUCCGGCUGGCCUUCAGCUCCGGGGCUUUGGACCUGGAGUCCUGUGCACGAGAGGGGGAUGUCUUAAGUUGCUCUCGCUCCACGGGAGGCCCCCUCAAUUUCUUCAUCCAGACAGUGGGCCCAAGGCACCGUCAUGGCUCAGUUCGCUGGGGGGCUGGCUCCCCGCCGGUGGGCACACCAUGUUCUAGGGGCGUGCACUGGUAGGGGGCCCGGAUCGCACCACCUGCCCAUCCAGCUGCGGGCCUCCAAGGGCAACCCUCACCAGUGCGGUUACCCUCCGGGCCGCCGGUAUUCGGCGCUUGGCUGUCUAAAGCAGUGGCCAUCAAAGUCAAUGACUCGGUGCCCUUCCACGGCGGGCGCCCGGCCUCUCCCCCAAGGCCCGCUACCAACCCGUCCUCAAAGCCCAUGGGCCAGGCCCCUGAACUCAGUUACCGCGUCUGCGUGGGUUCCGAUGUGACGUCAAUUCAAAGUACUGUGCGGCAGCCCCGCCCAGGUGCGGCCGGGCCUUCCGCCCCAUUUGGUCCCGUGGGCUCUCGGGAGGCUGGGGGACAAAGGGUCCUGCGCUUUGCGGAGAAGAUCCGCAAGUACCGCUUCAACUGCAGCUACUUGGAGAUUGAUGACGUACCGCCCACCCCCGGGGACUUCGUUGUAGGGUUCCCAAACCCGGAUGUUCGGAAGCUGCGGAGGCUGGUUUUGCGGGUCACCUGGGUGCCCCUUUUCCCCCAAACUGUCCAGCUUUGGCGAGGUGGGCCGGGGGGGCUUUUUCGCGAGCCCACGGCGGCUGCGGCGGUGGCGGGAGCGGCCGGGGCCGUGCUGGACUUCCACCGGGGGGUUCCGGGCCACCUGCGGAGGCUCCGCACGCAGUACUCCAUCUCCUCCUUUAAGUUCGACGCGGGCGAGGUGAGCUACCUGCCCCGGGACUUCAGCACCUUCCGUCCCCUGUCAGAUCCCAACCUCUGGAGCCGGCGCUACACCGAGAUGGCGCUUCCUUUCUUCUCCUUGGCUGAGGUGCGUGUGGGCUACCAGUCACAGAACAUCUCUUGUUUCUUCCGCCUGAUCGACCGGGACUCCGUGUGGGGCCACGAGCUGGGUCUGCGCUCCUUGAUCCCGGCGGUGCUGACCAUCAGCAUGCUGGGCUACCCCUUUAUCCUGCCCGACCUCAUCGGCGGCAACGCCGUUCCGGGGCACACGGCGGGCGAGGGCGGCGGGAACGCGGGAAUCCCGGAGCGCGAGCUCUACGUGCGCUGGCUGGAGGUGGCGGCCUUCAUGCCGGCCAUGCAGUUCUCCAUCCCGCCCUGGCUCUAUGACCAGGAGGUGGUGGAGAUAGCGCGCAAGUUUGCAGCCUUGCGGGCGGAGCUGGUCGCCCCCCUGCUGCUGGAGCUGGCCGGGGAGGUCACCGACACGGGCGAUCCCAUAGUUCGGCCUCUCUGGUGGAUCGCCCCCGGAGAUGAAGCGGCCCAUCGGGUGGAUUCCCAGUUCCUCAUUGGCGACACGCUGCUUGUGGCGCCUGUGCUGGAACCGGGCAAGCAGGAGCGCGAUGUGUACCUGCCCGCGGGGAAGUGGCGCAGCUAUAAGGGCGAGCUCUUUGUCAAGGCACCCAUCCUGCUCACAGACUACCCGGUGGAUCUGGACGAAGUGGCUUAUUUUACCUGGGUGUCCUAAGCCUGCUUUUCCUAGAAAUCUCAUUGCUCAGAGAGCUUAACAUCAGAACCUUAUUUCCCCUUUCCUUACCCUAGCCUCUUAGAGAGCCCAUCUUAGAGACAUCCGGGCUCCAACCCCAGAUACUUCACCACCAACCCCCAUUCCAAAACUGUUCCCAACUCCAUCCUCCAGCCUAGACUGUGAUGAAUUUUACUCCAAACCUUCCCUUUACCAAGACCUUGCCUCUGGACACGAUUCCUCCUUUCCCCAAUCACACCUCCCUUAGAGCCAUUUCCUUAUCUAUCAGCUAGCUCCGUCUCCAUAUCAUUCCUUCCCCAAAGACUUUGGAUUAGGUCCCUUGGUUCUAAUCUGUCACCGAUCUCUCCUUUAAGCUCCCCCACUUCAAUCUUUUUGGGUAUUUCUGGCCCUUCUCAAAUAAGGUUUGUCUGAAAACUUUUAGGACACAUAUCUACCCUUAUUCCUCUGAGACUUGGAACAAGGGAAGGGGAAGGUCAGUCAUAGUCUCACUUUCUAGCCUUCCCUACCCAAGAGAAAUUCCUCCCACAGCUAUAGUCUGUAUUCUCAUAACCCAUGCUAAGGACUUGCUCCCAGUAUGCAGUGCUUCUGUCUCGGAAGAUCUUAUCUUCCAUUGCAUUCUGGGACUUGUAGUCUCCUUGGGUAGAAAGGCAAGAAUAAACCCAUUAAGUACCAUAGACUAUUAGAACUGAAAGGAAACUUAGUGGUCAUCUGGUUUGGGAGAUUUGAAAAAAAAAAAAAAAAAAA